AGUCUGUGAACAUGAAAACUAUUUUAUGGUGUAAACAACAUUAUCUGAAACUAUUAACUCGAUACUGAGUGUUCAUUAUUGGCGUGCUAAAAAGCCUUUAAUAUCCCAGUUAUUGAUAAGACUUAAUCUUAUCUAAGAAAAAAAUAAAAGUAUAUAUUUGAUAUUAUCGAAAAAAAGCGGAUAUUUCAACAAUCGAUGAAUGCGUUUAAAAUAGCAAGGACUGUUUUACUUUUAAUAAAAAAUGUCUGGACAUCAGGAAGAAAGUAUACCUAUGAACGAUGUCGAAUACAGGAGUAACAAACAUGAAGCACUGUUUAACCAGUGCGAUACUAAUAGAGAUGGAUACAUAACCAUAAACGAAUUGAAAAAUUUUGUUGUCUGUAACGAAACGGAAUGUUAUUUCAUACCGAAGAAGGCGCUGACAAAAAUUAUGAGAAUGGCAGAUCAGAAUGGAGACGAAAAAUUGUGUUAUCAAGAAUUUGUCGAUCUCGUACAAAGCAAAGACUUCCGAUAUACGCUUAAUAAAUAUGCAAUAGCAUACGUUAAUAAUCUGAUUCCACGACCUAAAAAAGCGCGAACUACUUUUCGGACACGGUCGCUUCAAAUCGGCGACGAAACCGGGCAACAAGAUAUUUGUAACGAAUACUCAUGUUUCCCGCCACCGGUUUUUAUGUUUCUCAUAACGGUCCUCGAGGUUGUUUUGUUUACAAUUGACGAACUAACUCAAAAAGGAUCUUCUUUAACGGCUUCUGGUAUUAUUGGAAAACAUCUACUUUUUGAUCCUAAUAAAAAAUCAGAAGUAUGGAGAUUCGUGACGUAUAUGUUUGUACAUAUAGGAUACACUCAUCUUGUAACCAAUCUUAUUGUCCAGUUAGCGCUCGGAAUACCAUUGGAAAUGGUUAAUAAAUGGUGGAGAGUGUUAACUAUAUAUUUUUUGGGUGGUAUAGCUGGUAGUUUAGCACAUUGUGUUAUAGAAAGUAAUAUUAGACUUGGGGGUGCCAGUGGCGGAGUCUACGCUCUUUUAACGGCUCAUUUGGCUCAAGUUAUUAUGAAUUGGAGUGAAAUGAAAUUUCCUUGGAUUCAAUUUUUAUUCUUUGGUAUACUGGUUGCGGGAGAUUUGGGUACGGCAGCAUACCAAAGAUACUUUUUGCACGAAAUAAACGAAAUUGGAGUCACUUGUCACGUUGGUGGGGCGGUAGCGGGUAUAUUAGUUGGAAUUUAUAUACUAAGAAAUCUGCAAGUUACAACAACUGAAAAAUACAUUUGGUGGGCAGCUUUAAUAGUUUAUAUAAUUUUAACAAUAACUACUAUUGUAUUAGCAAUUAUGUUGUAAGAAACAAUUUACUGAUUAUAUUUAUAAAUUUGUAUUAAAUAAAGUAUGAAAACAAA